AUGGCGACUGUCAUUCACAACCCCCUGAAAGCACUUGGAGACCAGUUCUACAAAGAAGCCAUCGAGCACUGCCGCAGCUACAACUCCCGGCUGUGCGCCGAGCGCAGCGUCCGCCUCCCCUUCCUGGAUUCGCAGACUGGGGUAGCUCAGAACAACUGCUACAUCUGGAUGGAGAAGAGGCAUCGGGGACCAGGACUGGCCCCAGGUCAGCUGUACACAUAUCCUGCUCGCUGCUGGCGCAAAAAGAGACGCUUACAUCCUCCUGAGGACUCCAGGCUGAAGCUUCUGGAAAUUAAACCUGAAGUUGAUCUGCCUUUGAAGAAGGAUGGGUUCACAUCAGAGGGAACCACACUGGAAGCCUUGCUGCGCGGGGAAGGGAUUGAGAAAAAAGUGGAUACUAAAGAGGAAGACACUAUACAGGAAAUCCAGAGAGUUUUGGAAAAUGAUGAAAAUGCUGAUGAAGUGAAUGAGGAAGAGGAAUUAGAAGAAGAUAUUCCAAAAAGAAAGAACAGGCCCAGAGGACGGGCUCGGGGAUCUGGAGGUGGGAGGAGAAGGAACGAUGCUGCCUCCCAGGAUGACCAUGACAAACCUUACGUUUGUGACAUCUGUGGCAAACGUUAUAAGAACAGACCUGGACUGAGCUACCAUUAUGCUCACACUCACCUUGCCAGCGAAGAGGGGGAUGAAGCCCAAGAGCAGGAGACACGCUCCCCACCCGUCCACAGAAACGAGAACCACAAACCCCAGAAAGGACCAGACGGGGCUAUCAUUCCCAACAACUACUGUGACUUCUGCCUUGGAGGCUCCAGUAUGAACAAAAAAAGUGGCUGUCCAGAGGAGCUUGUGUCAUGCUCAGACUGUGGACGCUCGGGACACCCUACCUGCCUGCAAUUCACCACAAACAUGACGGAGGCCGUAAAAACCUAUAAGUGGCAAUGCAUUGAGUGCAAAUCCUGCAGCCUUUGCGGGACCUCUGAAAAUGAUGACCAGCUGCUCUUCUGUGAUGACUGCGACCGUGGCUAUCACAUGUAUUGCUUAAACCCACCAGUGUCUGAACCUCCAGAAGGGAGCUGGAGUUGUCAUUUGUGCCGGGAACUACUCAGAGAGAGAGCAUCAGCUUUUGGCUUUCAAGCCUAAGGAGCUCCAGGGGUCAAGAUGCAAUUUGCUUCUGGAGUUGUGGUACCAGCGCACAGUUCCCAUCCAGAACACAGACACACACAUGCGCGCACACACACACACAAACGCAUCGAAGAGAAUGGACACUCAAGUAUAAGAAGAGAUAACAAUGGUAUUUAUUGUCAAAGAGUAAGAUUUCACUAAUAUAGUAACUCCUGGGUUCUACUAGAAGAAACAUGUUCUCCUUUUAAUUCUCCAAAUGGAAUCUCUUCACUGCUGUGCAUGGUUGAUGCUGUAUUGUAAUAGGCUCACAUGCACUAUGUUAAGGGGGAAAUUGUUAUACUGAUACCAAGGAGUCAAUUUUGUGUGGCCUUGUGCUUUUUUGUUUGAUCUUCUUUGUAAAGAAAGAAAUAGCAACAUAGUUCCCAAAGCACUACUGAUGAUAUGCUUUGGUUGGGAUGUUGGGAAUUGUUACCCCUCACAGGCUUGACUGAAAACCACUUUACUGCAACACUGUGUAGAUCUAGAGAGGCUUUGAAGGUUGUGGUAGCUCCGUUCUUCCUGAGUCGUGAAUAACACGAGCAUAUUGCCACUGAGACAGGAACUAAUCUAAAAUUCCUUGGGUGACCGUUUCUUUGCUGAAUCAUCAAACCCUUUGAUUUUACUGAUAUUAGAUAUUUGCUUUUACUGUAAAUGAAAGAAGAAUGGAAUAUAUAUAUAGACUCAGAGACACCUACUCCACACCUUCCAGCUUUUUUUAAUGUUCAGGGAGACCAUCUUAAAGUGGCGCUGUUAUAUAGUUCAGAUCCAAAAGCCUGUUUUUUAUUUAAAAAGAGGUGAGGAGUAAUGGUUUACAGGACCUGAAAAGAAAGAUUGUCAUGGUGGUUUUAAAAUUUAAAUAAAAAUAGCUUUCCUUUAUUUAAACAGUCCCCUGCUGUGUAGCACACCCAAACAAAACAGCAUUGAGCUCAUGUAUCAGAACCAGGAAGCGUCACUGUAAUUCACUGUCCAAACUAAAUGAAAUGGAGAAAAGUGAACAACAAGAAAACAAAAGCAUCAAUGGAGAAUAAGUGGUUUUUUUUUUAAACAAUCUUCUUCAUUUCAGUAAUCUAAGGGGUCAAACCCGUAAGGACUAUUUUUAAAAAAUAUGAUUUUUAAGGUUGCAAAUAUGCUACUCCUGAUUCUACCAAGUAUACAAGAAUUGUCCUAUCUUGGGUGUGAUAUAAAAUAUGUUUAUAAACAUAUUUAAAAGCUUGCAUGAGAGGAGGAAUGUAAUAUAGGUUGAUGAAUCCCAAUCAGCACGAGUGACUCAGGAUGCCUAUGCAAGGUGGUAAGGACACUAAGAUUGCAUUUGGGAUAUACAUAUUAAUUAAAGCCUCUCUGCAAAAUUAUUCACCCUGAGGAUUUAAAUUGACAUUGUCAAAAUAAAUGUAAUUUAGUUUAAAAAAGGUCCUUCCCUGAGUUACUAAUAACACCUCAGACUAUUAAAUUUAAAUGAACUGUAUAAAUUUAAUUUACUUUUAAUUUUUUAUGUGGUUUGCUUAGCUUUUUCUCUUCUUUCAGCUUGAACACAGAAACCAGUCUGGUCAGUUUCUCAGUCUUGUUCUCGUGAACUCACACACAGUGCAGUUGUGUGUGAGUUCACAAAACUGCUCUAGAAUUGUUUCAAUCCCACAAAAACUGUUUUCUUUAAAUUCCAAGGUGGUUCCUGAGCACUUUAUUUCUAGCCCUAUUGCACCAAAUCUACCCCUCGUGCAGCUCUAUUUUCUUCCCCUGGGAUUAAUUUCAUCCAUUAGUAGGGGACAAUGCCCAAAUUUAGCAUCCCCAAACUACUAGAUAGUGUCAGUUGAAAGGUGUGCAAAAAUCGUCUCUCUGUGUCACGCAUUGGGAGGGGAAGAUAGGAGCUUAAAUUUCUACUACAGGCCUACAUUAUACAAUCCUAGACCAUCAAAUAGGAUUUGUGUCCACACAGCUACAAUAAGAUGAUUUACAUACUGUUUAAACAAAACUAUUUUAAAACUUUAAAUGACCAACUUUCUUUCAACCUCAUCGGGCAACAUGCUGAAGCACUUCAAAUUAUUCAUCCCCAUUGUCUCAUCCAAAUCUCUGAGCGGCCAUCGCCUUUCUUUUCAGCUCCCUCCCAUCUGUUAGAAUCCCCUUAGGAAGAGCUAAGGGAGUCUGUCACAUUUCCUCAACGCUCCCAUGCACGUUGCCUUCUUAGCUUCCCCUGGCAGAUAUUCUGGAUCCAAAACUAGAGACUGAGUAGGAUACAAGACGCUAGAGAUGCCCAAACCUUUUGGUGCAGAAAGCUUCACUGGCAGCUUGCGAGGAGCUGGAUGGCCACAGCUUAUUUGCACACAUAUUUGCAUACAUUUGUUAAUCAAAAUAAAUUGCCAUGACUUUCA